AUGAGGCUGUACAGGGGAGGGGUUUACGGAGAUAUGGCUAUACUGAACGUUUUGGGAUUCUUAACAUUGGGUCUAGUAUAUGGAUUGUACAAUACUCACAAUUUGAUUCACGAGAAAAAUGAUUGUGGAAUGACUUACAUGUGGAGACCCAUAACAUUCCACUCAAUACUUAAAGAUUCUGCGGAUACUGGUUAUUCUUUGUUGAAGUAUUGUGAGGGGACAAUAAGAAAAAACACGCUUCCUGAAGAUGUCGCAGUUCUAUUUAUCCCAGGUAGUGGAGGAUCAUUUCAGCAGGUUAGAUCAGUUGCAUCUGUGAUGAUGAACAAGACUGAUAUGUAUAAGUACCCAUAUAAGCUGCAGUUCUUCACAAUAGAUUUUGACGAGGAGCAUUCUAUUCUCAGCGGGAAGAUCCUAUACCAGCAAAGGGCAUUCGUGAAUGAAGCCGUUUCCUUUUUGAAAACAGUUCACUCUCGAUGCAAAUAUAAAAAAGUCAUUUUAAUUGGCCACUCCGUAGGUGGUGUGCUCGCUUAUAGUUUACCAGCGAUUUCCAACUUUGACACGAACACAUUCGAUUUAAUUAUAACUCUAGCAGCACCCUUGGCUGCUCCCCCUGUAUACAUAGAUUCACCUAUGUCUGAAUUCUAUGAUGAGAUGCACAAUGCUUGGAAUGUGAAGAAAAAAGAACUAGCGCAAGUGGGUAUUCUAUCUUACAGUGGAGGGGAGAAAGAUUUCCUAGUACCUGAUCAUCUGACUAACAUAUCUAGGGUAGCUCAUCUUCCUAGCUGGGCAAUAGAAACAGUGAACAUGCCAAUAGACCACUUAUGUAUACUAUGGUGCAAUCAACUAACAAGACAUGUCACAAGAUCAUUAUCGGCUUAUAUGGAUGCUAAACGAAAAAAUGAACGGACAUCAGCUACGGAAAUCGUUCGACAGAUAAAGAAGAAGGAAAUGGCUUCUUUCCCCAAAGGUUUAUCGGGACAGUUAGCAUUGGAGAGGAAAAAACUCGAAAAUUCAACUUUCAUCGAUCACUUAAGCGUUUACAAGAAUGGAUUGAAGAUGGAGAAAGGGGUUGAGGUCGUAUCGUUGAUUCAUUUGAAUACUACUCUGAUGUUCUCUGUCGAGAUUACUCUGAAUCCUACUUGCCCACUCAAUAUUAACUACUCUGUAAUCUACCCCAAUGGUUUCCGCCGGAUUUCAUAUUUUACUAAUCAUUCCCUGCGUGCAUGGUUUUGGUCCAAGGAAGGAAAAGCUGACUACGGAAUUUCUUUGAUGGUUGGAAAAGCACCAUGCCAAUAUGACUUAUAUUUAGUUGUUGAUAUAUUCCGUACCUGGUAUAGGACUUCACUAAUGCAUACAAAUACAAUUUUGUCCGGCCUCAUCUACACAAGUUGUGUUCUGGUAUUAAUUGAAGCAUCUCGCAUAUUCAGUACUGUGCAAGCAAGGAUCAGUCAUGGCAUUUGGUUCUCGAUGUGUGUUAUGAGUGCUGGAGCUUUAUCUCUCUACUACAAUACAAAGAUUGAAGAAUAUAUCAUCUUCUCUUCAUGCGUUUUCGCAUUUGUUGCGUGCAGGAUGAUCUUCAGAUUCCCCUUUUGGCUUAUAGUCCACCUUCCUGCUUCGAUCAUACGUGUUUAUCAAGCCAUACUAUUAAGCUUGGCUUGUAUAAUUGCCACGUUAAAUCCUUAUUUAGCCAGUUUGUGCGUUUGUCUAACUUCUGUGAUGGUAGUUAAGCUCCAGAAUACACAAAGUCUCAACACCUUGUGCCUCGCAGGUCUGUGUGCUGUUGUUAAUGGGGCCAUAGGGUUGUCAGCUGUAUAUAGAAAGCAAACUAUCGAAAAUAUUAACAAUCUUCCAGCCAUUCCAAAUAUCGAUCGUGUUUCGCGAUCUCUACCGGUGUUCUUAUUUAUAUUAUUCAAGUCUAGGAUCGGAGCACGUAUCUCCAACUUUUUGUACCAAUCAUUUGGGCCAAGAUUAUCGAAGAUAACUAUUUGUAUGUUAAUCAUCAGUUAUGGCUAUAACAAUUGGAUUGUUACGACCAAGGUGGUAUUACUUGAAAGGAUUAUUGAUAUUGUCACAUUUCAGACAUUGGAUGAUGCUGCCUUUGCGGGUUCUAUGAUACUCGGUGUAUUACAGCUCUUAAACAAUUAA